UGGAGUAUCCAGAUGACCUGAGGAGGGCAGCAAUACGCCGAUGUUGCGUCUAGUCUGCCGCAAAUUCUACAAGAGAAGAAGAAGUCUCGCGGCGAUUACGUCACCGCUAGCGCGCGUUCACUCAGCGUCGAGUCUUCUGAGGAGAGAAAUUCAUAAUCAGUGAAGCUCCUCCCACAACGAUUACAUCAUCAGUGAAGCUCCUCCCACAAACCCUGCAGAAUGAAACAUACUGAAGAGCAAACAGAGUUGAUUGAAGAAAUCAAAGAGAAUGAAGAAUUGAGUGAAGUUGAGGAGAAAAAUCAUGUCAAAACUGGAGAAAAACCUUUUAGUUGCUCUCAAACCAAACAGAAAGAUUUAAAGAAAAGAAGAGUCCUGAAAUCUUUCACCUGCACUCCGUGUGGAAAGAGUUUCACAUUCAAACAUCAUCUUGUGCUUCACAUGAGAGUUCAUACUAGAGAGAAAUCUUUCACUUGUGAUCAGUGCGGGAAGAGUUUCACACGAAAAGGACACCUUACAGAGCAUACAAGUGUUCAUACUGGAGAGAAGCUGUUCACGUGUGAUCAGUGUGGAAAGAGUUUCACACGAUCAUCAAACCUUAACGAACACAUGAUCAUCCACACUGGAGAGAAACCAUACAAGUGUUCACACUGUGACAAGAGAUUCAGUCGGUCAGGAGACCUGAAAACACAUGAGAGAAUCCACACUGGAGAGAAACCGUACACGUGUGAUCAGUGCGGGAAGAGUUUCACAAUAAAAAAACACCUUACAGAGCAUAUAAGGGUUCAUACUGGAGAGAAGCCGUUCUCUUGUGAUCAGUGCGGAAAGAGUUUCGCACGAUCAUCAAACCUUAACGAACACAUGAACAUUCACACUAGAGAGAAACACCACGCAUGUGUUCAAUGCAGCAAAACAUUUUUGAGAGCUUCAGUCCUGAAGACACACCUGAAUGUACAUUCAAAGGAGAAGCCACAUUCAUGUUAUUUGUGUGGAAAGAGCUUUUCAUGUCUACAAUAUUUAAAAGUACAUCAGAAAAUACAUACUGUUGUGAGAGAUUAAGUGCUUUAAGUGUGAAGACUUUUACUUCAGCAAACUGUUUAAAACGGUAUGAGAGGACUCACACUGGAGAAAAACCUUAUAAGUGUAGAAGAGAUUCAAUCAUUAAAGAGACCUGAAAA